GCAGCCGGUGAUUCCGUGGACCCUCUCUUGGAGUCGGAGGCGUCGAUUCUGUUAGCGGGAAAGUGCCGCUGCGAGGGGUGCGUUUCGAAAAGGCACUUUGCCGCUCCAGGAGUGGCUAGACGUAUCUGUGGUGGGGAGAUAUUAUAGCGAGAGCGGAGCCGAGAGGGUAAGGAGAGAGAGAAGCAGCAGGGGGUGAGAUAAGCAGUCAGAGCGAGAGAAAGAGGAAAGAGAGUGAGCAAACGAGCGAGAGAGAGAGAGAGAGAGGGGGGAAGCAGGUAGAUAGAGAGAGGUCGCGGAGAGAGGGAAGGGACGGUCCGGAGGGAUGGAGACCGUGAGAGCGUGAGAGGGUAGCGAUUGUGCUACAGUCGCACCGCGACACCCCCACGAGCGAAAUCGCGCGCGGCAGCCCGCAUUUUCGUGUAUAAAAGCCGUGUACGUGUAUCACGAAAAAGGACCCGCGAACAGUGCUAUGCUUUUGAGGCUGCAAUUGGGAAGGUGUCCUCCAUCUUCGUCAUUGGCUUUAUCCUCAUCGUUUUCUUUCAAGUGAGAGCGUAAAAGCCAUACGGAGUGUAGCGCUUCCAAUGGGGUCAGUAUGAGCAGGAAAGAGUUCUUAGUGACAAACGAAACGAGAAGCUAAGAACGCAUGCCUAAAUUAGCUCGGGAAGCGGAUAACUUGCUGGUAAGCGGCUAACGGGUCACUUCCAGGGGAUAAUAGAUCGCCGACUGGUGUCCCGAAGACUCAUCAGAAAACUGGUCGACUCUCAUGGCAGCGCGGAAACUCGCAGCCCUCUUCGCCGCAGUCCUGCAACUUUGCUUAUGCCAAAUCACCCCCGAAGUUUUGCCCGAGUUUUUAGCUCCUUUAGAAAAUCACACGGUGAUCCAAGGUCGUGACGUCUUCUUCACCUGCGUCGUUAAUCAUCUGCAGUCUUACAAGGUAGCCUGGAUAAAGUCGGAUUCUCGAGCGAUUCUGGCGAUCCAUACGCACAUGGUGGCGCACAAUAGCCGACUAUCCGUCACGCACAACGGGCACAACACGUGGAAACUACACGUGUCGAAUGUCCAGAAGAACGACUCUGGUACCUACAUGUGUCAAGUCAAUACCGACCCUAUGCGCAGUCAGAUGGGAUAUAUGGAAGUAGUGAUACCGCCCGACAUAAUGGAUGACGAGUCUGCAGAUGGUAUGGUCACUCACGAAGGAGGCAAUAUAAGAUUGCGAUGCGUCGCCACAGGUUCGCCGAAGCCUAUUGUCACUUGGAAACGAGAAGACGGUCGUAACAUUAUCCUCAGAGAGGAUGGGCAGAAACAAUCUCUGAAAACCUUCGUCGGUGAGACGCUGGAACUGACGGGAGUGCUUCGGCAAGAGAUGGGCACGUAUCUCUGCAUAGCCAGCAACAAUGUGCCACCGACGGUCAGCAAGCGUUACUCCGUCGAUGUUCACUUUUCACCUCUUAUUAAAGUGACAAAUCAAUUAGUGGCCGCGCCGAUUAAUAGCGACGUCGUGUUGCAAUGUUACGUCGAAGCGUCGCCGCAUGCUAUGAAUACUUGGUACAGAGAUGCAGGCGAGAAACUGCUGCCCAGUGACAAAUACGUAAUGACGGAGCAACCGUUGAACGAGUACUCCUGGCAAAUGAAUCUCACUGUCAAUUCCCUGGAAAAACGGGACUUUGGUGGAUACGUGUGCUCGUCCGUCAACGCGCUCGGGAAGUACGACGGCGUAGUUCGGUUACAAGAGCUGCACCUUUCUGCGAAGACGACACCGACGACACUCAUGAAGAACACGGAUAUUAGGCAGCGCAAGAAGCCAGUAGCGAAGGGUAAAAAAAAGAACAACAGCAGUGGCAGGCGAGGACACGCGGGCGGUUUCGAGGAAGGUGAUUCCAUCAACAGCGAUGAUGAUUUCGGUACCACGCAGAUCAUGACCGGUAGCACUCAAGAGGGCCAAAGAACGGACAGGCCCGUCGUGCCUUCCUUACCGCCACCGCCUUGGGUCAUCGUAAAUGCCGCGAAUCUCAGGCAUCCCUCGGUGUCCGCGAUCUUGCUUUUGCUUCUUCUGCCGACCACUUUGUAAGACGAUGGCGAAGAGCUUCAGAAAUAAAUGAUUAUGAGAGAAACUACGAUUAUAAAGAUCCACGAGUCAGACCGAAGAAGAAUAAAUUUAGAGAGAUCUCGAUCCUGCGCGACACAGGUAGAAGAAUUAACAUUUGAUCAAUUAACGUUGAUUUAAAGUUUCAAGCAUUGACUUUUUGAAAUUUUUUUUA